UGUUUUGUAAUGUCUCCAGCAACUUCCUCUAGGUGGUGUCCAACACCGGAACAGCUGAUGAUUUUAGAGGAAUUGUACAGAAGUGGGAUUCGAACUCCAAAUGCUUCUCAAAUUCAACACAUCACUACCCACCUCUCCUUUUACGGCAGGAUCGAAGGCAAGAAUGUGUUCUAUUGGUUUCAGAACCAUAAAGCAAGGGAGAGACAGAAGCUUAGAAGGAAGCUCGGAAAACAACUCCAACAACAACACCAACUGUAUCAUCAUCAUCACCAGCCAAACCAUAGUCAACUAAAACACCACCUUCUUCACUACUUUGACUCUCGUGCUUCUUCACCUCUUCAACAAUUUUCCUGCUUCAGUCCAGUCAGAUUCCUUCCCCAGGUAAAAUCACAUCUCAAUUGCGCAUCCCAACAGAUGAUGAACCACACGUGGAAGGUGAAUAUACCAGAAAGUAGAGCUGAGAUGGGGAAGUCGUUGAUGGGAAUGUACGGUCGUGAUUGGAUAAUGAUGAUGGAUGCGGCUGCGGCGCCACCACCUUCCCCAUCAUGCUGCGCAUCUAGACCACCGCUCAAAACCCUUCAGCUCUUCCCAAUUACAGCCACCAAUCUUAAAGAAGAGUGUAACUCAGACUCAUCAAACAAGCAUCUCUCCUGCAACACCACCAUCAAUAACUAAACCCAAAUGCAGGCUCAUAUAGCCUUCUUUCUCUCUCUAGCUUAGGCUU